GUUAUUGUCAUCUCGGCAGUCUUUGGCUGCCGGUCAAACUUAACUUGAAUGUUCGUUUUUAUUUUUCUUACAUAGUACAUAAUUUAUUUAAUAAUCUUUUCCCGUUGAGUCACACCAAAUCAGUAAUCGCAGUUAUGUCUCAUUUCAAAUUAAUUUCUUCCACAAAGGCUUCCAAUGUUAUACCAGUUAACAAAUAUGUAUCUGAAAAAACUGGCCUCACUGUGGUCAUAGCUGAUGUGGAAGGUCCAGUCGUAAACGGUUUCUUUUGUCUAGCCACUGAAGCCCAUGAUGAUGAUGGGUUGCCUCAUACAUUGGAGCACCUUAUUUUCCUUGGCUCUGAGCGCUACCCCUAUAAAGGCAUUUUGGAUCUAUUGGCCAAUCGGUGCAUGGCGCAAGGAACUAACGCAUGGACAGACACUGAUCACACCUGUUAUACAAUUUACACUGGUGGGGAUGAAGGAAUGUUGACAUUGUUGCCGAUUUAUUUGGAUCAUAUCUUGAGGCCCACACUGACCGAUGAAGGGUACCUCACAGAGGUGCACCAUAUUGAUGGUGAAGGAAAUGAUGCAGGAGUGGUGUAUUGUGAAAUGCAGGGCCGAGAGAACAGUGCAGACAGCAGAUGUGAAUUGCAAUUGUUAAGAUCCAUUUAUCCAAAGUGUGGAUACUCUGCAGAGACUGGUGGGGUCUUAAGGAAUUUAAGGAUUUCUACUGAUAAUACCAAAGUAAAAAAUUAUCACAAGAAGUUUUACCGUCCGGAGAAUCUGACAAUCAUAUUGACAGGACAAAUAGCAGCUAAUGAUGUUUUCAAAGCUUUGGCCAUAGUGGAAGAUGAUAUCAUUGCAAAGAGAGAAAAGGAACCUCAAGAGGAAUGGGUGAGGCCAUGGCAGACUAUGCCACCUCCUCCACAGUAUGGCGAAUAUGAGGUCUUUUGGCCUGCUGACGCUGAAGAUUGUGGCAUGGUGGUAUUUGGAUGGCGAGGGCCCCUACUAACUUCGGCGACUGCGCACAAAGAGAUGACCGCGUGCGCUGUCUUACUCCGGUACAUGGGGGAGACGGCCGCGGCGCCGCUGCAGCGCUACCUCGUGGAACGGGAGGACGCCUUGGCUGGAGAUGUGUCAUACAACAUGACGGAGAACCUGGCAACACUGAUUAAGAUCGAGGUUAACAAUGUGCCAGUUUGCAAGCUGCGGUUGGCCUAUGAAGAAGCCAAAAAUUGUAUCAAGACCGUUCGCUCCGGACAGGACCCCAUUGAUAUGGAGCGGAUAGAGCGACUGCUGAAGAAGCAACUGCGAGAGACACUGGCCAGCCUGGAGUCGGAUCCUCAUCACGCGAUAGCUUUCAGGUGUAUCGGGGAUCAGCUCUACUCCAGGGGUGAAAACGACUUCACGUAUCGUUUGAACCCACAAAUAUCUGUGAACGAACUACUGAAGGAGGGCCGCGAGUUCUGGCUCAACCUGCUCAACAAAUACUUCACCGACGACAUGGUAGUCAUACUCGGGGCUCCCAGCAUUGGACUGCAAGAAAGUAUGGCACUCGCUGAGAACAAUAGAUUAGCUGAACAGAAGAAGGGGCUAGGGGAAUCGGGCCUAGCAGAGAAAGCGAAGCAACUGCAAGCCGCCAUAGAACAUAAUGAGCACCCCCCUCCGGCCGGCACGCUGGGCGCGGUGCCAGUGCCGUCGUGCGCGCGGCUGCGGCUGCACGCGGUGCGCGCGUGGGGCGCCGGCCGCGACGCCUGCCCGCACUUCGCGCUGCACGACGUGCCGCUCUACACGCGGGUGCAGAGCCUCAACACCAACUUUGUUUAUAUCAACCUCCUCCUAGACACGUCACAGCUGGAAAACAAGAUGCGCCAAUGGAUUCCCUUGUACAUGAACGCAAUGGGCGAACUGCCCGUGCGUCGGAACGGAAAACUUAUAUCUCAUGAAACAAUCAUCUCUGAGACUGAACGCAUGACUGUCAACUUCUCCAAUUCUAUAGGAUUUGGAAAGACUGGGAACUAUUCAGUCGGAUCCUACGGGCAAUUUCUGCAUAUUGGGAUUACGUGUGAGCCGGUAGAUUAUGAGGAUGUGGUGAAUCUUCUGUACGAAAUCCUGUACUGCUCCGAACUGACAAAGGAACGGUUAUUGGUAUUCGUUCAAAGGAUGAUCAAUGAUGUCUCACAGGUGCGAAGGAACGGUCACAAGAUGGUGUACGACGUGUUAAGAGAUGCCGUUUACAAGGAGAACACCAACGUCCACUGGUGCUCGGUGCUGCGUCAACAGAAGUUCCUCAAGAACCUCUUCGAGCAGCUCAUAGCUGGCGGAGACUCCGCCGAGGCAGCUCUUAGGGAAGGCAAGGAAGCGUUCCAGAAACUUCUAGAACGUCCUUGGUUGCACUUGUCCUCCGACUUGGCUAAAUACAAGCUGUCCGCAGAGCCCUGGAAGAAAUUCGCCACCAACGACAUUAAGCCUGUUGAACCGAAUCUAUACUACGACGCGGAGCUGAUCCGUGAGACGACUGGCGGCGGCUUCAUCAUCGGCAUCGGAGGCCUCGAGUCCUCCUUCACCGCGCAGUUCAGCGACGGGCCGAAGGGGCACUCCAUACCCGAGGUCGCGCCUCUAAUACUGUUGCUGCAGUACUUCACACAGCUCGAGGGUCCGAUGUGGCGCCAGAUCCGCGGCAGUGGCUUAUCCUACGGGUAUUCUGUGCGGAUCUCGCACAGCGAGGGCAAGAUCAUCUCCGCCCUGUAUCGGGCCACCAACGCUGUCGCCGCUUACGACAAGGCCAGGACUAUAUUCCAAGCGUUCCUAGACGGCGGUGAAUUCGACGAGGACCUGUUCCAGUCAGCCAAGAGCACGGCCAUCUUUGAGGUGUUGGACUCCGAGAAAUGUCCGGCCGACGUCGUGAGCCAGUCGCUGCUGAACUAUGUGCAGCGCUGUCCCGAAACUUAUAACAGGGAGCUGAUCUGCGCGCUGUCGGCGGCGCCCGCGGCGGCGGCGCGCGCGGCGGCGCGCUGGCUGCCCGCGCGGACCGGCGCCGGCGCCGCGCUGGCCGUGGCGUGCCCCGUCGGCAAGGUGGCCGACACGCAGCAGGCUUUCAAGCAAUUGAACAUAAACUUGGAAGCCUUCGAAUCAAUGGAAGCCUCGCAUUUUAACAAAUAAGCCUAAAAUAAAAUAAGUAUUAAUAAAUAGUAUAUGAUUGAAAAAACUUUUUAUGCAAUUUUUAAUAUAUUACUUGAUAAUUCUUGGCUGUGCAUUAAUUUAUCCUUACCUCAUUUUACUGUAGUUGUGUGCGAUAGAAAAAUCACAUUUAUGUAACGCUAAAUACCUUUUAUUCAGAAAUAAAAAUUAUAAAUUUUUUGUCUAGCAUUUUACUAAGCUAUUAUAUGCUAAACAUAUAUAUUUAUUUAUCCAAAAGAAAGUCAAUUAAAGGGUACCCAAAGGUAAUGUACAUUCCCUUCACUUUCUCAAACCAAGACGUAAGAGAAGGAAUAAGCAAAAAUUGUGUGAAAAUGACGAAAGACUUUAAUUAAAACAUCAAAAUAUGGUGAUGAUAAUAAUUUUAAUUACCAUUCAUCUUAAAGCUAUGUCUAUACAAAAAAUAUAACUUAAAUUUAGUAAGAUAUUUAGUGAACAUCAUUAUAAAUCAUCUCACAACCGCUGCAACACCUCUGUCAUAAAUUCCAACCCAUCCAUAGAAUAAUAUCAUUGUUCAACAUCUCGUUCAGUUAACAGAAACACUGGUUAUCAUUUUCAACAAAUAAGAGAAUGCAGUGAAACCUUUCACUCUACUUUAUUACAUACAUAAAUACCUACGUGUAAAUAUUUAAUUUAUUAUGCUAGCCACAUUCCUAUAAUUAAAAUAUUAACCGUACAGUGAAUUGAGCUCUCCACUACAUUCUGCGUAAGAAACUGUGCAUCAAAGAAAAUAAAUUAUGUGAAAAAUAA